AUUUCUUUCAUCUCUUCUUCUGUGCUGAUCUGUUGCAAUUGUGGAAGAAAAAGCCAUGUCACAGUACUAUGAGCACUAUCGUAAAAGCAGCAUUGGACUGUCAUUGAUUGACUCCUUGGAUGAGUUAAUUCAAUCUGGUCAUAUCAACCCUCAGUUGGCCAUGCGAGUCCUUGCACAGUUUGACAUGAGUAUUGCUGAUGCACUGAGCACACGCGUCCGUACCCGUGCUACUUUCAAGGCCCAUCUUGAUAACUACCGAUCUUUGGAUGAUGUAUGGACCUUUGUACUGUCGAGUCCAACCUUCCGUUAUGACAAUGAAUCUGUGACUGCAGACAAAGUCAAAAUUGUUGCCUGCAAGGCCAGAGUUCCGGGCGAAGUCUAGAUUCUACUUCUCGUUGUAUUUCUAAAUUUUUUUUUUUACGAGAAUCUACUCUACUCAAUUCAUACUACCCUACUACCUUGUUCCUUUUUUUAUUAUCAUUAAUAGAUCUUUUGAAAAAAAAUAAAAGAAAAUAAAU